AUGCCGACGAAUCUGCAGCAUUACCUCUUCCCUCACCUAGCGCACUUUGACGCCAUGGCUAAGAUGCGGGCGACGUUUACGAAAUCUGAGCUGCAUGUCCCGAGAUCGCUGGAUCAGUCGUACCACGAGAGUCUUAGCGCGAGCGAUCUUGCGUUGCGAAACGAAAGCCAGGUGUUAUUCCGCUAUCUUCGACGCGUGGAGGGCCGCUUAGCUGCUUCUGCGGCGUCCGCGGGGGGAACGACUACAACUGGAACUACGGCAGCCGGCUCGUCGACCGCAGGUGACACCAUCGCGGAGGAUGUGCUAGGGAAGCAACCUCUAACCGAAGACGGCAUCGCGUCUACGAGGGUGCAUCAGCAGCAGCAAAAGACGCAGCAUCAACAGAACCCAUUUGAUCGGCACGCGCAGAGGGCGUAUUCGAGACAGAGCAGCUCCAAGCAGAAGAAGACGGACGGGACGAAAGCGGAGUUGGGGAGGAUGGCGGGGAGGCAGGAUCAGGCGAGUAGUGUGCAGGCCAAGAUUUCGCGGGAGAAGAGGAGGAUGGAUACGGAGAGGAGGAAGCAGAUUUUGGUUGUUGCGCAGCUUUGGGUUUGGAGGAUUGAUGAGCACACCAUCAUCACCGCGUUCCCUGAUCGGUGGGAUAACAAGAACGCCAAGACGCUGCUGAAUCAGAUUAAGCACCGCGUGCUGGGGACCAGAGACAUGAGGUCUGAGAACACGGACAUGAUGCGCGUUGUGGAGAGUAUCCUUGAGAGCGCGGUUGAAUAUAGCGAGGAAGAGUUUCACUUCCAGUUCGAAGGGCCGCGGAGCUACUGCAACAUCUUUGCGGCGUCCAUCGCUCACGUUUCCAACGAAGCAAUGAAGCGCUACGCCAACUUCAAAGCCUCCAUCAGCAAAAUGGGCACCUCAAAAACGGUCCUCGAUGACCUCCGCGCCGAGAUUGAGCUCCUGCAGGAGAUUGAUGACGUGCGCGAGGAGAUCAACAUGAUCAAGCGGGUUCUCCGGUCGCAGGAGCGGGUCUUUGACGGAUUCCGCGAGGCGGAGGCGGAGCGGGUUGGGAGUUUAUGCGGCGGGGUCGGAGUCGGGGAGAAGCAGGGUGGUAUUGUUAAGCCGUAUAAGCACCCGACGUUGGACUUCUUCAAGAGGUUGGAGGAGGACGCGAAUCGGGUCCGGGAUUCGAUUACGACUUUACUGGAUUUGAGACAGAGAGAGGCGAAUAUCGAGGAGGCGCUAUCUGCGAGCGAGCAGUCGAAGAUUCUCUUCAUCUUUACCGGAGCGACGGUUGUCUUUGUAAGCAUCUUUGACAUCUCCAUCGAGGGCGUACCAUCACCGAUCAGCCCUGGGACCCUCAUCCUCACAUGUGUCCUAAGUCUAGUCGCCACCCUCCUCCUCAUCGCCCUCUCUCUCCAAAUCUACGAAUUUGUCACCACAGGUAAAGCAAAGCACCUCUAUCGGCGCGUCUCCAACUUCUUCGAGGUCCGCAAGCUGGAGAAGUUGGCGGCCGCGAACCAGAGCAAGUCGCCGCCCUCGUCGUUAGGGGCAUCAACGCAGCUGAGCAGGCUGAGGAGGUCCUCCCUCUCGCAGCCUGUUGCUAGCACGACAGCGAAUGAGAAGAAGAAGUUGCAGAGUGUGAGGAGGCGGCUUGCUGCGUUGAGGACGAGGGGAAGGGGGUUAGGGCGGGAUCGGGAUGAGGAAAGGGAGGUUACUGGGAAGCAGGUUUGA